AUGAUCUGGCCCGGCUCAGCCAACAUCGACCAAGGCAUCACCGUUGACCUGCGCGGCUCCAACAACUUCGGCAUCGUCACCCGCAUCGACGUGCCAACCUUCCCGAUGGGCGAUAUGUGGGGCGGCACCGUGGCCUUUGAGUACACGAACGAGGUCCUGGAGGCGCAUGCACAGGCGUUCAGCGACUUCAUGAGUGCGGAGAACUUUGACGAUGCUGCUGAUAUGGGCAUGUCUUUGCUCUUCGACCAGGGCAACUACGCAGUCGGCGACGCGCUGUAUUAUGUCAAGCCCGUGGAGAAUCCGCCUGUUUAUCAGCAGUUCACGGCGAUUCAGCCGCAGAUUGGAAGUUCGCUGCGGAUUGGGAAUGCUAGUUCCAUGACUUCGGAGGCGAACGGCCUUCUUCCGCCGAAUACCACGCGUGCAAUCGAUAUCGUCUACUCCUUCAAGAACGGCGACUCCAGCGUUUACUCGGAGAUGUUCAGAACCUGGGAGGAAGGAACUAAGCUUUUAGCACACAUAGAGGGGCUUCAGCUCGUCCUUCUCAUCCAGCCCCAUCCAGUGACCAACGGAACCAACUCGCUCGGGCUGACACCCGAGGCAAAAGACGAGGUGAUGUCGGUUUUGACAGCAGCUUACACGAACCGGGAAGACGAUGAGAUGGUGCAAGCAGGGAUGCAGAGCAUCAUUGACGCGCACAAGGACAUGCUGCAACAGCGCGGACUUCUAAUCCCUUUUCAAUAUCUUAAUUACGCAGACAUCACGCAAGAUCCGAUCGGAAGUUACGGACCAGAGGUAAAAGCGAGGCUGCAGGCUGUCAGCAAGAAGUAUGAUCCUGAAGGCCUGUUUCAAAAGAACGUCCCAGGUGGGUUCAAGGUGUUCUAG